AUGAAGUGUUCUCAUGAACACACACUGUUUGUUAAGUGUGAAGGAAAAAACAAGAUUCUAAUUGUUAGCCUAUAUGUAGAUGACUUAAUCUACACUGGAAACAAUGAACAAAUGAUGAAACAAUUCAAGGAAUCUAUGAAGGAGAUAUUUGCCAUGACUGACUUAGGCAAAAUGAAGUAUUUCUUGGGGGUUGAAGUGAAUCAGACCCAACAAGGAAUCUUCAUUCAUCAACACAGAUAUGCCUCUGAGAUACUGAGCAGAUUUGGAAUGACUGAUUGUAACAAGGUUUGCAGCCCAAUGGUGCCUGGAUGUAAACUUAUCAAAGAUGAACAUGGAAAGCCUACUGAUGCCACCUACUACAAACAGAUGAUUGGUUGUCUGAUGUAUCUAUUGGCAACUAGACCAGACAUGGCUUUCUCAGUAUGUCUUGCUGCAAGGUACAUGGAAAGGCCCACUGAAUUACAUGUAGCUGCUAUCAAGAGGAUUUUGAGAUACUUAAAAGGCACUAUGAGUUAUGGAAUUUUGUACAAGCACAGUGAUGAUGGAAAUUUGAAAUUGGUAGGAUGGACAGACUCUGACUAUGCUGGAGAUUAUGAUGAUAGGAGAAGCACAUCAGGCUAUGUCUUUACUAUAGGAUCAGGAGCUAUAUCAUGGUGUUCUAAAAAACAGCCCAUAGUUACUCUGUCAACCACUGAGGCAGAAUUUGUGGCAGCUGCUUCUUGUGCAUGUCAAAGUGUGUGGUUGAGAGCUAUAAUGAAGCAAUUGCAGCAAGAACAAACUGGGAACACGAUUGUGUACUGUGACAAUAGUUCAUCCAUAAAGUUAUCAAAGAAUCCAGUCAUGCAUGGGAGGUCUAAACACAUUGAUGUGAGAUACCACUUCCUUAGAGAAUUAAGCAGGGAUGAAAUUGUAGAACUGAAGCAUUGCAAAUCUGAAGAGCAACUUGCAGACAUCAUGACCAAGGCUCUAAAGCUGGAAACAUUCUGCAGAUUAAGGGAGGGACUUGGAAUGUGUGAUAUUAGUUCCCUUAUGUAA